GCUUGCUCCUUCCUCUUCCGGUUACGGCGACAGCAGCUUCAACAUGGUGCAACGCCUGACUUACCGUCGUAGGUUGUCCUACAACACCGCCUCCAACAAGACCAGACUGUCCCGGACGCCCGGUAACCGCAUUGUGUACCUGUACACCAAGAAGGUCGGCAAAGCCCCCAAGUCUGCAUGUGGCAUCUGCCCAGGAAGGACUGCUGGUCUCGUUGUGGUUCUCUUCCAGAUCCGGGCUGUUAGACCUCAGGUUUUGAUGAGGCUCUCCAAGACCAAGAAGCACGUCAGCAGGGCCUACGGGGGCUCCAUGUGCGCCAAGUGUGUGCGUGACAGGAUCAAGCGUGCGUUCCUGAUCGAGGAGCAGAAGAUCGUCGUCAAGGUGCUCAAGGCACAGGCACAGAGCCAGAAAUCAAAGUAAAAUGUAUUUGUAUGGCCACAAUAAAAAAUGACAAAUCCA